UUAUUUAGUAACAUCCAUUUUCUGGCUGUUGUUUUUGACGUUUGUGGACAGUUUACGAAUGUAUUUAAUGUAUUUUUACAAUUUUGCUCAUUUAUGAUGUGAUAUUGGGGCAAUUUGCGUUUAGAAAUGGAUUCUAAGCCGAGUUUGAACUUGGUGUACGCGGCCGUGUCCGCUCUGUACAACAAUCCGAACACAACCGAGAAAGAAAGAGCCUCGCAAUGGCUCGGAGAGCUCCAAAAAUCCGUCCAUGCGUGGACAAUCGCCGACGAACUGCUCCACCACAAACGUGAUCUGGAAUCAUGUUAUUUUGGGGCACAAACAAUGAGGACGAAGAUUCAUCACUCGUUUCACGAAUUGCCAACAGAAGCUCAUGAAUCUUUGCGAAAUUCGCUUUUGGAGCACAUUAGUCAAAUUAAUGAGGACACUAAUACUGUUAUUGUGACUCAGUUGUGUCUAGCUUUGGCCGAUUUGAUUCUACAGAUGCCCACAUGGCAGCAGGCGGCUCUAGAUUUGAUUAAUAGGUUUACAACCACUAAUAUGUGGCCCUUGCUGGAGAUUUUGACCGUUCUGCCGGAAGAACUCGAAAGCCGGUCUGUUAGGUUGGGCGAAAACCGUCGUAUUGUGAUGCUGGAGGACCUGAAAUCGUGCGCUGGCACCGUCAACGACUUCCUCACUCAUUGUUCCAACACUUACGGCAAUAAUUGGCAAGAAAACGUCCAAAUCAACGUAAAAAUUCUACGUUGUUUCACAUCUUGGGUGUCAGUUGGAGCAAUCACUCUAAAUGAUAUUGCCAAUAAUGUGGUGAUAUCGCGUGCUUUCUCAAUUCUAAACUAUAAACCAGAAGGCGACAAACCUCAAAGUGUGGCCGGUUCGUUACACGAUGCCGCCUCUGAUUGCAUUUGCACGUUAUUACAAUGCCUCGAAGACAACAACAAUCAACAAAUCCUCGAAACAUAUUUGUUCAAUAACGUGAUUAAUUUGGAAAUUGUUUAUCACCUGUCGGUGGCAAACGAAGACCAAGAGAAGUCGAUUAAUUACUGUCGGAUUUUUACCGAACUAGCCGAAUCGUUUCUCGAGAAGAUUAUCAAUAGUUGUAGCACGAAAUCGUUUCAUUAUGCGAUUAAAGUGCUUGAUUUAGUUUUGAUUUGUGUGGGACAUCACGAAUACGAAGUUGCCGAAAUCACCUUUAAUUUAUGGUACGUCCUGAGUGAGGAAUUGUAUCAGAAGAAUAGUAAAGAAUUGACCGAAUUGUUUCGACCGUACGUUGAAAGAUUAAUCACAGCGUUAUGUAGACACUGUCAAAUGGAACCGGAUCAUGAAGGCUUGCUCGAAGAUGGUGACGAUUUUAAAGACUUUCGAUUAAAAGUCUCCGAUUUGGUCAAAGACGUUGUUUUUAUCGUUGGAAGUAGCAGUUGUUUUAGACAAAUGUUUGUCAAUUUGCAAGCACCAGGUGUUACGUGGGAUUCCAGCGAAGCCGCCUUGUUCAUCAUGCAAGCGGUGGCCAAAAAUGUCUUGCCGAGUGAAAACGAAGUCGUCCCGAAAGUAGUCGAAGCCAUACUUUCCCUCCCCGAAACCACACAUAUCGCCGUAAAAUACACCUCAGUCAUGUUAUUGGGGGAAUUAUGCGAAUGGAUCGAAAAACAUCCAAAUACACUUGAUCCAAUUUUGAAUUUUUUGGUCUGUUGUUUGCCACAGGCCGGUGUUGGUGCAGCUGCUGCAAUUUCCUUACAAAGUAUCUGUGCAACUUGCAACGAUCACAUGCCACGACAUGUCCCAGUUUUGUUACAAUUGUUGCAACAAGUUGAUACGUUUGCAAUUACGAAUAAUGCAGUCAUUGGAUUAGUUAAAGGUGUUGCUGCAAUUGUUGGUUGUAUGCCACAUUGUGAUUUAACCGAUGCGAUGCGAAAAUUGUGUUCAAUGCAAUUGAAUCCGUUGUGUCAGCUUAUAGAACAGGAUGUGGUGCCAGUUAGGGGCACUAAAAGUGAUCCGGUUUUGUGGUUGGAUAGAUUGUCGUCGGUUUUGCGGAAUGUCAACGUUAGGCUUUAUGAAGGCCAGGUGCACCCUUGCAAGCCUGUGAUUUUGGAGGUAUGGCCUGUCCUUUCGCGCACGUUCGACAAGUACCAAAACGACCUGAGAAUAAUGGAGCGGUGUUGCCGUUCCGUUCGUUUUAUGUUGCGUUGUGUGAGUCAACAAGUCUGUGAGCUUUUGCAAAGUUUAGUCAGUCAAAUAGUUCGAAUUUACGCAACCUAUAAACAUUCGUGUUUUCUCUACGUUGGAAGUAUACUCGUUGAUGAAUACGCAACAGAUCCAAAUUGCGUCCAAGGCCUGUUGGAUAUGUUGCAAGCUUUCAUCGAACCCACAUUUCAACUACUUCAGGAAGAAAACGGAUUGAGGAAUCAUCCCGAUACCGUGGAUGAUUUCUUUCGAUUAUGUUCGAGAUUAAUGCAGAGAGCGCCAGUACCGAUUUUACAAUGCGGUGCACUUGUACAUAUACUACAGUGUAGUUUGAUGGCGUGUACUUUGGAUCAUAAAGAAGCGAAUACGUCGGUAAUGAAGUUUUUUUAUGAUCUGAUUAAUACCGGAAAGUGUGGUAAAAAUCAAAUUGAUUUCGAACAAAGGAAAGUGCUCGUUACGAGUAUUUUAAAUGAAUAUGGACAACAGUUAGUGACGAAUUUGCUUCAUGCUUGUGUUUUUUAUUUACAUUCGUAUAUGUUGAGUGAGGUUGCGGAUGUUUUUGUCGAAUUGUUAGAAUUUGACAGAGAAGCGACAAGUAAAUGGUUAGCCAAUGGUUUAGACACGUUACCGAAGGAAAGUAACGGGGGGAUCAUGUCAGCCACUCCUCAACAAUUGAACGAUAUACAUGCUUCAAUGACUAGGUCAGACACGUCAAAGUCAGUCACACACGCUCUGAAAGAUUUGACUAGGUUUUACCGUUAAAACUGUAUGAUUAUAGUGCUAUUUUGAGAUAAUAUACGUAUGUACUUUCA